AUGUUUCUACCAAGACAAGUCAAUGUUCGCAAUAGACUAACAAGAAGACCUAGUUUAUCGAAUAAGACACCCGUGGAUCAGGAACAUAAAAGUAUAAAUGGGUCUACUUCGACUUCUUCAACUCGUUUGGCAAGAAGCGCGUUUAAGAACAUAAACGACUUAAAGCCAGAGUUUAUUCGAGCAGUAGAAUGUAUGAUUGAAGUACUAUUCUAUAGGGAAAGAGAGACACAAAAAUUUCAUUUGACCUAUUUAAUCAACAAACAAGAAUUUUGGCAGGGGUUAAAACCGUCCCCUACUCAAGCAAACUUAAAACAAUGUGUUAAAAAUUUAAAAAAUGAACUAUUUACUUUCGAUGAAGAAUCGCAUUCCAUAAUCAGGAAUGAAUAUAAACUUGAUCCCAACCUGGAUUUAUUCGAGCGAAUAGUAUAUGUGGAACCGUUUCCAGCAACUCUAUCUAACAAGCCAUUUAUGCUGGCUGGGCUACUACGAGAAUGCUUUUCUGGAUUUCUUCCCUACCUUGAUAUUAUCCCUACUCCUGAAGGAUAUGCCUUUGUGGUACUGGCUCAUUCAAUAUCGCAGGAGACUCUCACAUCUCUUGUCAUUCCUCAAGGUUGGAACCUUCUAUCGAGGGAAGAAUGGACCAAAAGAGAGAAAAUGUAUAUGGAAUAUCAGGCUGAUACGAUGAAAUCUUCUUCAAGUGCUUUCUUCACUGAACCUAUAAUUACAAAUCAGUCGUUCCGAACAAAUCCUGAUCGAGCAUCAUCAUCUUCAGUCAAAUACCCCGAAAGCUCUGAACGUCAAUUUGAACCAUUAGAGGAUGACUGUAAAAAGUCGCAAACGAAACAUUCGGAAUCUAAAAGAUCAUUCCCAAAAGGACUUUUGACGAGGUUGAUUAACCUACAUCCAUUGACAAAUAAAAGCACCAUUCAAAGCUUACUCCGAUAUGUUUUCUCCCGUCAAAACCCCACAGCUACCUGCGAACCAAUGUACAUUGACUAUAGAAAGGACGAAACAGAGGCCAUAGUGAGAUGGAAAUCUCCUGAACAGGCUAUUUUGUGUGUAAGUUGCUUUUUUAAUCAGAAAAGGAAGCAAGAUUCCCAUAAUGAUAUUCGUGCCCAUCGAAAGCACAAUAAAACCGGUCCAUUCAUCUCUGCGGAAUUAGUAGAAGGAUCUGAAGAGGAGUCGUAUUGGAAUCUGAUCUAUGGUAAAGUAAAAAUAUAA